UCACAGAAGUCGGCCAUGUUCGUCGCCAUAUUGUUAUGAUUUUGAAGAAUAAAUGGAAAAUUGACAAUUAUUUUUGAAGUACAAGCCAUAAUAGGCUAGGGUUCAUAUUUUUGUUCGGCAGCUAUGGAGUAAUUAUGAGUGGGCCAAUACCAACGGGCAAUGGAUGCUCGUUAGAAGACUGUUACACCAAUAUUUUUGCCCUGACUGACAUCUGUGGCAUCAAAUGGAGGAAACUAUGUAUUGACCCAACACAGACAAGGUUGGAUCCUCUGGAAGACCCUGUAUUAAGUUCCUAUGCACGCUGUCUACAGGCUGAUAUUCUGUGCGUGUGGAGAAGGGUGGUAAAACACUCCGAUCAGAGACCAACAGAGUUUUCAUUUGGAAGGGAGCUUUGGAUCUUUUGGUACGGCGAUAAACCAGCAGUUCUGGAGGAAAUCCUUGCUCCUGAACUUAAAGAACACGAGUAUGGUUCCUGGGAGAAAGACAGUGUCCUCUCCUACGAGUGCAGAACCCUUCUCUUCAAGGCCUUGCAUAACCUCAUUGAAAGAUGCCUGCUAGCCAAGAACUUUGUCCGUCUAGGGCGGUGGUUUGUUCAGUCACAAGAUCCCCUUGCAGAGCAAAGUGCCAGCCUGUCGUUUUGCUUCAACUUUUUUCUGCAUGGGGAGAGCACUGUGUGCGCCAGUAUCGAGGUGAAGCAGCAUGCUCCGGUCACCCUUCUUACAGUGGAACACCUCAACCACUCACAGGAAAGUGGCGCUCAGCUCAAUGUAAUUCUGGCUCCAUAUGGCUUGAAUGGGAGCCUGACAGGUGUGACCUACAGGGACUCUGAUCUCGCAACCCGGAAAAACCUGGAUGACUGGAAACAAUUCUACCCAGUUAGGGUGGUGGAAGGAGCGGACACAGACCACAGCAAACUGCCAAACCUGGUUGAGGUUAUUGUGGCUGGUGUGCGCAUGAAGUACCCAUCCUGUUAUGUGUUACUUGUGGAUGAAGCUUAUGAGGCCCACCGCCAGGUUCUUCACGGGGCUGGGCUCCUUGGCCAUGGACACAUGGAAGAGGGGCUUCUCCUCGACGCCCAACACCGAGCACGUGGGAUGGAGCCCAUGUCGGAAGUCACUGCAAAAACCAACCACCUGUUCAGUUCAAAGAUGGUGGAGCGAAUAAGUCAGGAUAGUUGUAUUACUGCAGGCAUGUCGAAAAGAUGUGCUGACAGUACCACAGAAGAUGGCCAAACUGGGAUAUGGAACUUCGCUGAUCCAUGUUCAAAAUCGGCCUGCAACUGUUCAAGAUUACGAGGUGCAAAGAACAAGGCCAGUUCAGGGAUGCCUGGGAAACAGCUUGACAAAAAGAAAGGUGAUAGGGGACCAGAGCGCCAACAGUCUCGCAUGUUCCGUUCUGCUCCUUUCCACAGGCGAAACCAAACAGUGGACGACUUUGUGCAGUAUGAUAUGGAUGCUUUUGUGUCAAGGAUUCCACAGGGAAUGUCUCAAAACUCGGGAGUCUCAGCAUCAAAUUCUGCCUCUACCCCCAUACCACAAGGGAGCACCUCAGCUGGCUCAGAAGGUGCAACCACUGUUGGUACUGUGAACAUUGAAUCUCCUGCCUCCAAUGUUCCAUCACCUCUGGAGGAUUCUCAUAACCAUGCAAAUUUAGAAGGGGGUGUGGCAAUGGACCCCACAAUGCCUACCCUUAGUCCCCACCCUCCAGCUUUGAAACAUGGUGACAAGGAGAUGGGUGGGGCAAACAAACCUGUGCAAAGUGUUGACCCAAGUACAAGCCAAAAUGUGAAUAUAGGAAACAAUACCAGUGUUAUGGUAAAUGGUGUGACUUCAGAUAAUAAUGCAUUUCAUAAACCUCUUUUAUCAAACGUGCUGAAACUGGAUCCUAAUUCUGGUAUCAAUAAUAGUAUUAACUGGAAUCAACAGUCAUUAGAGAGCACCAAAGCAAAUAUUAACAGCUGGCUUCGGUCCCAGCAAAAGCAAUCGGACCAUAAGACCUUCAAACGACCUUGUUUGCCUACAGUUGAUGGUGAUACUGAGCAACUGGCAACAGAUUCUCUUUACAACUUUGACAGUGUCUCAAACUGGUCUGAAUUCCCAUUAAAAAAGAUGUGCCUUGACCGCUCAUCUGAGAUGUUGAAUGGGAUUCAGGAUACGCACAUCAAUUUUGGCCAGAACCACCGGCCUAUGAAGGCUGCCUCCCCCCUGCAACCUCCCGCCCCUGACCCUUACGCCUUCUCUGAUGAGGCGUCCAGCACACCGGCUACUCUCUCACGGUCUGUGCGCAACAGCAGGGAUGACAUCUUUCAGAGACCUUUCAAGGAAGAGGAAAAGUCAGGAGAGAAUUUUGGGUUCAAAGAUGAACGCAACAUGGACAUUGGUUCGUUGACGUCUCCCCCAACCACACCCGGCACCCAGGUGUCGGGCAGCCUCACCAGGGAGGAGGAUCUGAAACCAAAAGCCUGUGAUCUCGAUAAAAUAUUUGACUCAGACUCUGAUUCAAAUGAUGAUGCUUUUAUGCAGCCAAGCCCACCAAAGAGCGUUGAGGAGCCUAAACUUACCAAACUGCCCAACACCGGUCCUGUGGACGCCCUUGGGGUUAUAGCACCGGCAGAGUUGUCUAGAAUGUACCCAACCCCACCUUCGCAUGAAACCAACCCAGACUGUUCCCCAUUGACCCACCAUGAGGCCCACAUUGAGGCCCAUCCAUCUGUCAUAGAAGGCAUUCCGAUGGCUGUCGUGAAAACAGAGGUCACUGUCGGCACUUCCCUUGCUGAUGACCUCAAUAAGGAGGGUGUGUACCAGCCUGAUGUGCGGGCCAAGUACCCCAGCUCCACCAAGUAUGCUCCCGUUGAGCUGUACAGCAGCCAGUUAUCUCCACCUCCUGCAGUGCCAGAAUACAAAGCCUCCUGGUUCCACCACCCCAUACAUAUACCACUACCAGACAAACAUGUUAGCCAGUACAUCAACAUCCCUUCCAUAGAGAAUCUCCCCAGUAUCCCGUCAUCCCGCAUGCCCUCCAGUGCAAUAGAGGCCUCUCCCGCCACAUUCCAGAACAGUGUCGGCCAGCAGCGCACACCCAUGAGCUACGAGCUCCAGUCUCCAGCAUCCAAUGCCUCCUCUUACCUGAACAAAACUCCAAACUCAAACCUCAAUCACCAUGUCGGUACAAACAAUCAGAUUCCAGAAGCUCAUAGUUUGCUGGUGAAUGUAGUGCUAUCCGACUCCAUAUUGAAUUUGUUCAAAGAUCAGAACUUUGAUAGUUGUAAUAUAUGUGUGUGUAAUAUGACAAUAAAGGGCUCUGACCUGGGUGUUUACAUUCCUAACCCUACGGGUGAACAGGAAUACAAGUGUACAUGUGGAUUUAGUGCAGUCAUGAACAGACGUUACGGCUAUGAGGCUGGCUUAUUUUAUGAGGAUGAAGUUGAAAUUACAGGAAUGCGAGAUGAUAGGUUAGAACAGAAGCGUAAACGCAACCUGUUGACUCUAGGUCUGAACAAAGUGGAUGAGACUAGUGCAACAGUAACUCCGCCUAUGGAAGAGGUGUCCCAGUCUGUGAUGUUGUUGUUGCUGGGACAGUUUACUGUGCCAUACCCAACCUGCACAGCUGCAGCCCUACGAGACAGACUCGUCAUGCACUGCAAAACUCAAACAGGCCUGCACUGUAGCCGCAUCUGGCACCAAGAUGGUAAUGAGAUAACUUACAAUGCCUUGGACCAGGGACGGCAGGCAAUGGACCACUGCCCCAACAAACUCCCGGAGGACAACCUAAUCAAAGCUUCCUGUCUCCAUAGAUGGACCUUGCUGCAGGGUGUGAGCCAGCUUCCGCAGAACUCACAGGAGAGUGUGAGACUGUUGAAGGGCCUGCAGCCCCUCCUGCAAGAUGCCAUACAGAAUAAGCGGGUCACACGUCUCUGGGAGCACACUUACAAACUCCAGGGACCCCUCACCUGGAUAGAGUUCCACCAGCUUGCCGGCAGAGGUUCAGAUGAGAACAGUGAGACUCAGCCCAUUCCAUCCCUCCUUGUUGGUUAUGACAAAGACUCAUCUAAUGUCUCACCUUAUGCUCUCAGAUACUGGGACAAGAACUUACUAGAACCAUAUGGCCACCGUCGAGAUGUUGCCUACGUGGUUGUGACGCCAGACAACGACUUCAUCAUCAAACUAGUCCAACCUUUCUUCAAGGAGCUCAGUACUAUGUAUGAGUGGCUGCGUCUUGGCCGACACAGUCCCAUUGAUAAGCUCCGGGACGGUAUCUUCCGAAUUGGCCCCAAACAGAAACAGAAAGUUGAUGAAAGCUUCCUUGAUGAGUGGUUCAAAUAUAUCCCAAACAAUCAUGUGUCUUCAAACCUCAAACUCUACGCACUCUCUUGCAAAAUGUAUUUAGCUGAGCUGUUGAACCAGCAGGAUUACAAGAUGAUGUUUGCCGCCAGUACAUCUAGUCAGAAACAUGCCCAUCAGCGCCCGCCGGACCAUGGCACCUCUGAAUACUCCUCAUCUCACGGAGCUGAUGAUAGAGAUGGAGAUCACCGUGAUAGCCAUGAUGAUGUUAGUGAUGGGACUGGUCAGGGGGAGACUCCGGCCCUAGUGGUGUACAUGAUCAACCCGUUUACGUUUGGUGUGGAGUGGGAUGAGAUUAACCGGCUCGCAAUGAUGGGUCUGCUCCGGUGCUACCAGGAAACCAUCAGCAAACUCCCUGACUUCAUGCAAAACAAUGUCUACCUGCAGAUCAUACCUGUGCAGACAAUCAUAGAUGCCAAGGAAAGUGCCAUGCAGUUCCAGCUCCUCAAGAAUAUAGCAUUCUCUGUGUUCACAAGCUGUAGAUGGAACCUGUCCCACACAAUCUUGGGGCGCUCGCUCACAGGGUUUGGUCCUGCUGCUGGUGCUGAUAUCAUACUCAAGAGACAAGGGAAUGUUGACACAACUCUGUGCAAGCUGUAUAACCCUCCAUUUGUGCUGGCACCAAUCAAGGACAAGCAGGAGCAGUUAGCAGAGUCAUGCAGUGAGAAAAUGGAGAACUCUACCAUCCUCAUGUGUGUCUACUGCCUGUCUGAGGACCAGCGCUGGCUGCUGGCAUGCUGCACUGAUGAGCACGGUGAAACUGUGGAGACAAGUACCAUCAACAUUGACAUACCCAAUAGGAACAGGCGGAAGAAGACUUCAGCCCGCAAAAUUGGUCUUGGUAAAUUGUGGGACUUUAUCAUUGGUGUGAUCUCAAUGUCGGCCAAACCCUGCAGGCUGGUAAUAGGCAGGUUUGGUCGGAUAGGCCAUGGGGAGCUUAAAGGUUGGUCUGGGUUGUUGAGCAAGAAGAACAUCCAGCGUUGUAACAAGCGUAUGCGUGAGAUGUGUUCCUCAUGCUCGCAUCAGGUGGAGGGUGAACACCCGACCAUCGUCUCUGCCUGCCUCAUCUCCUUUGAGCAACAUCGCAGCUUCUCUAUCACGCCUGACUGUGUGAAGGCUGAGGAGAAACAAAGACGAAACUGCCCUUUACAGACACCUGGGGAUGCUUCCUGCUCUCAUAUUCUUGUGUUUCCAACAUCUGCCACUGCCCAAGCCAAUACUCAACAAAAUCAGCUGGACUCGACAGGAGGGAUUGAUCUUGGAGGUCAUAAUCUAGAAUUUGGUGUUGAUCUCUCAGACACUAACAUUAUCAAUGACUUUGACACUCCUGAUGAGUUUGCAAACCUGAUGGAUGUGUUUGUGUCAAUGACGGAGAACUCUCCGCCAGGAUCUCCCCGACAGGACAACCCUGGCUCUCCUGGUCACUUGGACCUUGGCAGGAACUCGCCCAACAAAAUGAAUGGAGUGUCCAUGGCAAGUUCAGCUGGUCAUGAGAAGGACCCACAGGAUGACGCCCCCAACCUCCUCCAGCAGCCACUGGCCAUGGGCUACUACAUCUCAACUGCCCAGACUGGUCCCCUCCCACGCUGGUUCUGGUCAGCAUGUCCAGAUAACGAACACGCCCCUGUCAAGUGCUUCAAGUCUGCACUGCAUGUACAUGUGUCGACCAACCAAGAUGACUUCAUGCACCAGACAUCUCCUGGGAAUUCCCAUCCUCUUGACUCUAAUUUGACAUGUGACGUCCUCAGGUUUGUGUUGGAGAAGUACAACGCACUGUCCUGGCUGACAUUUGACCCAGCGAAGAAUGACCGCCAGUCCUGCCUCCCCUUACAUAUGGUUGUCUUGAUGCAGCUGUACCAUGCUAUGAAUGCUUUCAUCUAAGACUGGAAUCAUGCCCACCUUCUGGUAGGGAUCAUCACUGCCAGGCAGCCACGCCUUCAGCCACAAUGUGAAAGCUUCCUUUGUCUACAUUCUACGGAAGGGAAUUCAUCAAUCGAGUAUUCCAGUUUAAGUCAUCAAUGUCUCAUAUCUUUAUUUUUUAAGCAUAUGUUUAUAGGCUUUAUUCCCGUAUGCCUGCCCACCAUUUCUAUUACGUUUGAGGAGUUGAUUGGUGCUUUCAUCAGUCACACACCAUUUUCAAGUUACUACAUUUCUUAUCUACCGCAGAAAACAGAUCUUCCAUUUUCUUACAUAUAGAGAGUCAACUGCCGGUAUCUAUUGUCGAAGACAGUUUUCAUAGGAUGUAAAAUGUUUAACAUUUAUGCUUGCCUUAUUCCUUCAGACUCGUAUAAGCUCAUGUCCAAGUCGAUCAAAUCAGAAACAUUUGUAUAGUUUGCGAUGAUUCACCUUAAUAGGUCAAACAAAAUCUCUCUUUGCUGAUAAAGUAUCCAUUCAAUACAUAUACAUUUCGGCUGAAUAUGUUAAAACGCAGGAAAACUUUAUUUUCAGUAUUGUUAUAGAAGGCAAUAACUUUUUAUCUCCGGUUGUGUUGGAAUAUACAUAGUAAAUGAAUUGUAAAUUUCUCCCUUUAUUAAUUACUUCUUAAACAGUCAUUAAGAAGGUGAUUUAAUAUAUAAUGAAGCUUGUGUCACAUUUAAUGAAUAAUUUAAUACUUUAAGGAGUGAGAACCAUAUUUUUGAAGAGUUAUAUAUUGCAAUUAUUUAAGACAUAAGUAUGCAUUUUAGAAUUAUUGAAGGGAUUAGGGAUCAAAGUUCCUUAGUGAUGUGAUUUAUAACACAAAGGGCAUUUUAUUUGCUUUCAUCAUUAUUUGAUUAUGAGUAAUGUUUAUUUAGUCCAUUGUACAAUGAAAUUCCUGAAGAAGCGAGCCACUCUGUAUGUUUGUGGUGACCUAUGUUUUGAUGUAUUUCACUGUAGUCAACAGUUUUGAUAGAGCAGCUUUAGUCGUUGUUUGAUAUCUUCUGUAGAUAUUUGGAUUCUAUUUAUGUUCAUAGUCGUAUUUAUUGACAUUUUUCUCUGUAUUGUUGUGUAUAUAUUGAAUUGUGAAUCAAAUAUCAAGUACUGCAUAGAACAUGUAUAUGUAUGUACCAUGAAUGCAGGGUAGAAAAAUAAGCUAUUUGGAGAGCAUUUAUAUAUUUUGUGAUACAAUAUUGAGACAAAAUAAUUGAUGAGUAAUAGUAAUACUAUUUGGAAUGAAUUAAUAUUUUUGUUGUAUAUAAUCUAUAUUUUUUCUUUGAAAUGCAUGUACAACUAAGCAGUUGACAAAUAUAAUUUAUCGAAGUGCUAACUAUUUUUGUGUCUGUAUGUAUGACUGUUGAUUAAUUGAACAUAUUUGACGCAAUGAUUGUGAUUUCAGAAUAUAUUUAUUGAUUUUUUUUUUUUGUUAAUUUUGUACAAAAUAUCAUUAAGAGAAAAUCAAAUAUGGACAGUUCUCAAGAAAGAAGUUGAGAUGAAACAUAACGUGAUGGUUAUUGAGAUAUAUAAGUUCAGUAGGCCGGAACCUACAGUUCUAAGCAUUGAAGGGCAGAAAGUUUGAGAUAUUUUUAUGUUCUUGCAAUUAUACUUUAGGUGCAAUUGAUUAUUGACAAAUUUCCAUUUCAUUGAUUUUACACAGAGUCUUACAUUAACAAUGUAUAUGUCUGAGAGAAUUGUUAAUUUCGCUACUAUUGCAUUUUCAAAAAGUCAAAUCUUUUUGGUCAGUAAAGAAUAGGUUUCUUCUAAAAAAUUAUAUUUGAUUUUCAGAAAUAACCAUGGAACAGUAUUUUUAUUUUUAGUUAUGUUUAUUUUGUAUACAUAAUCCCAUUCUUCCAGGAUUCAUUUUGUAAAUACACAUGAGGAACUGUAUAACAUUCUUACUUGCCUUGCUGUUCUUGUUAAGUUUAAUCUUUUUUUCUAUUAAAGGUUGUACUUGCAACAAGGCACAAUACUCUUGUUUUCUUCAGAAAAUAAACAUUCAGUUCAAUGGUUGGUUAACUUGACAUUACUUAAGAUUUGAGCAUGACACUGGUUGUCAUUCAACUAUUGAUUUGAACAAUAAAUGGAUUAGAUUCUGUCAAAGAAUAGUAAGUGGUUGUAUUAUCCAAUGAAUUACUUCGAUCAAAGCAGGAAAAAAAUCUCCCGACAAGUGACCAGGCGGGGUGAAGUUCCCAUUUGUGUUUAAUUAUAUGAGGAAUAUACUCUAGUAUUCAUUAAAACAAAUCCAAACAUAUUAUGCUCAGAUUUUUGUGAUUUGGACCUUUACCUAUUUAAGGCAUUUUUUUAGUUUUUCGAACAAAGAAAGAUUGGGAAUUUGAUGGCCCUGGUGUCGUGCAAAAAUGUUAACCUUGGCCAUAACUUGAAAACCAAGAUAUCAAAAAUAUUCAAAUACAACUUGUUUCUCAUGUUGCCAGCGACGAUAUGCACAUGUAUAAUAAGGCACAUAACUAGGACUUAAGUAAUAAUUGAGUUAUUUCCCUUUUUUGACUGAAAUAAAACCACAAGAACAGACGAGCAUUGGCAUUUUCUCGGCAGUGCAUUUGUUUGUAAGCCACUUAAGCAAACACCAAAGUACAUUCUGACGGCAUUGAUUAUUUACAAAGGACAUACAUUACGGUAAACAAUUUGGUGGGGUAACUUUGUCCAAAGACGCACAUGAACACUUAUUUCAAAUAUAUUCUGAAAAACAUCAUAACAAUAAUUAUAUGCAUCCUGAAAUCUCAAAAAUCCGAGUAAAGAAUCAGUUGUUACAGGUACUUACUUGAACAAACAGUUGUAUUGUUGUUGUUUUUCAAGCCAAACAACCAUUGAUGUUAAAAUUGUUAGAAUAAUCAUUUACAUGUUGCAGCUCAUUUAUGUUAUGAGCAUGAAAUAUCACCUUGUUAUGUACAUAUAAGCCAAGAUGUAUAUAUAGUGUAGAAACAUGUUGUGUGUAUUUUUAAAUAAAGACCACUGUGUAAGUCAUGGUUAAAUAUUUUAUCACAUUUUCUGCUCGUGUGUGCCGGUCGGCCGUAAUUCAUCAUGAGAGAAAUAAAAAGUGAGAUACAAA